AAUUUGCUGGAAAAUGCUGAGCUAGGUAAAAAAUAUGUGGCUGAAAGACAGGAACGUAUCCUUCUGUAUCGGGAUAGGGUGGACUCAAAGACUUGGUAUAAUGAAGAACGGAAUAGGUGGGAGAUGGACCCAAUAGCUGUUCCUUAUGCUGUGUCCAAGAAAAUGUUGCAGAGUGCUCUAAUCAGGCAUGAUUGGGCUGCCAUGUAUAUCACACUCAAGGGAAUUGACAAGGAGUAUUACGUAGAUGUUAAAGAAUAUGACAUGCUGUUUGAAGAUUUUGGUGGUUUUGAUGGUUUGUAUUUGAGAAUGAUUGCAGCUGGCAUCCCUACUGCUGUUCAGCUUAUGUGGAUUCCUUUUUCAGAGUUGGACUUGCGUCAACAGUUUCUCUUAAUAAUGAGGAUAUCCUAUCAGUGCCUUAAUGGAUUUUGGAAUAGUCGCAUUGUUUCACAUGCAAAAGAGUGGACUUUCAAAAAAAUAAAAAACAUUAAUGAUGACAUAAUGAUGAUGAUCGUUUUCCCUGUUGUGGAGUUCAUUAUCCCUUAUCAGGUGAGGAUGCGGUUGGGUAUGGCUUGGCCAGAGUAUUCAGAUAUAUCUGUUGGCUCAACUUGGUACUUGAAGUGGCAAUCUGAGGCUGAAACGAACUUUAAAUCGAGAAAAACAGAUGAAUUUCAGUGGUACUUUUGGUUUUUAGUUAGAACUAUCAUAUAUGGAUACAUAUUGUUUAAUGUGUUCCGAUAUAUGAAGAGGAAAAUUCCUAGCAUUCUUGGCUAUGGCCCUUUGCGGAGAGAUCCCAACUUAAGGAAGUUACGGAGAGUGAAAGCUUAUUUUAAAUAUAGGAUGAAGAGAAUAAAACGCAAGAAGAAGGAUGGUAUUGACCCCAUAAGCACUGCUUUCGAUAAAAUGAAGAGGGUUAAGAAUCCUCCCAUACGGUUGAAAGACUUUACAAGUGUUGAAUCUAUGAGAGAAGAAAUCAAUGAAGUUGUGGCAUCUCUGCAGAAUCCUCGCGCAUUCCAAGAAAUGGGAGCUCGUGCACCUAGGGGAGUUCUAAUCGUUGGCGAGAGAGGGACUGGGAAAACAUCCCUAGCAUUAGCUAUAGCAGCAGAGGCAAAAGUGCCUGUUGUUGAAGUUAAAGCCCAACAGUUGGAAGCUGGUCUCUGGGUGGGCCAAAGUGCAUCAAAUGUUAGAGAACUGUUUCAGACAGCGAGGGAUCUGGUCACUUUCUUUCUGUCUUUCAUUUCAUUUCAUGAGGUAAAAACAUCUUACCUGUACGAAUUUUUUACGACUCCAAAAUCAACUAAAAAUUUUCUUUUUGUGUCAUUAGUUAUUUUGUUUUAUGUCAAUAUGAUCGUCCUUUUCAGGUUUGAGAAACAAGAUGGGGUGGUUUUGAUGGCCACUACCCGUAAUCUCAAACAAAUAGACGAGGCACUACGUCGUCCUGGUAGAAUGGAUAGGAUAUUUCACCUUCAGCGGCCAACACAAACAGAAAGAGAGAAGAUACUGCGAGUUGCUGCCGAAGAAACUAUGGAUGAAGAUCUUAUUGACUUUGUAGAUUGGAGAAAGGUUGCUGAAAAAACUGCUCUUCUUCGUCCUAUAGAAUUAAAACUUGUACCAGUGGCUUUGGAAGGUAGUGCUUUCAGGAGCAAGUUUGUCGACAUGGAUGAGCUUAUGAGCUAUUGCAGCUGGUUUGCAACUUUUGGUGGCAUGGUCCCCAGAUGGCUGAGGAAAACCAAAGUUGUGAAAAAGUUGAGCAACAUGCUGGUAAAUCAUCUUGGAUUGACAUUGACAAAAGAGGAUUUGCAAAAUGUCGUCGACUUGAUGGAACCAUAUGGCCAAAUAAGUAAUGGUAUAGAACUGCUGAAUCCACCUCUUGAUUGGACGAGGGAAACCAAAUUUCCACAUGCGGUUUGGGCUGCUGGUCGUGGUCUUAUAGCUCUUCUAUUACCAAAUUUUGAUGUUGUUGAUAAUCUAUGGCUUGAGCCUUCUUCUUGGGAGGGAAUCGCAUGCACCAAGAUUAGUAAGGCUAGAAAUGAAGGUUCAGCGAAUGGAAAUGAAGAAUCAAGGGCAUAUCUUGAAAAAAAACUUGUAUUUUGUUUCGGCUCUUAUGUUGCAUCCCAGCUGCUGCUUCCAUUUGGGGAAGAAAAUGUUCUUUCUUCGUCAGAGUUGAAGCAGGCACAGGAG